AUGGCAGACGACAUGGAGGUUGACGACAACUUUCGUCGCGGUACGAAACGUACAGCAGAUGAAGCUGGGCUGCCUCCCGAAGCACCUCGUCGAAUCAAGGCAGGUUCGCUCUCAAAGCCACUCGCAGAGGAUGUCGUCAACAAGAUUGCCGCUGGCGAGAUUAUCGUCGCUCCGAUGAACGCCCUGAAGGAGCUUCUCGAGAACUCCGUGGACGCAGGCUCGACGUCAAUUGAGGUAUUGGUCAAGGAUGGUGGGCUCAAGCUCCUCCAAAUCACCGACAACGGCCAUGGCAUCGAGCGUGACGACUUGCCCAUUCUAUGCCAACGAUUCACCACGUCCAAGCUGAAGCACUUCGAAGAUCUCAUGGCAAUUGGCACUUAUGGUUUUCGAGGCGAAGCUCUCGCAAGUAUAAGCCACAUAGCCCAUCUCAGAGUCACCACACGAACGGCCUCAUCUAGCUGUGCCUGGCAAGCACACUUUGCAGAUGGGAAAUUAACGCCAGCCAAGCCAGGACAAUCAGUGGAUCCUAAACCGACAGCGGGCAGAGGAGGCACACAAAUCACUGUCGAAGAUCUCUUCUACAAUGUGCCAAGUCGCCGGCGGGCUUUCAGAUCCCCGUCCGAGGAGUACUCGAAGGUGCUCGAUGUCGUUACCAGAUAUGCCGUACAUUGCUCACAUGUUGCAUUUUCAAUCAAAAAGCAUGGUGAGUCUGGUGCUGGCUUCGCUGUGCCUGUUGCUGCAACAGUCCACGACCGAAUAAAGCAAGCCUAUGGUGCUAGUGUUGCGAAGGAACUUGUCGAAUUCGGUGUACAGGAUGACGAAUGGGGCUUCAAGGUCUCCGGUUUUGCCUCCACCGCGAACUACAGUGCUAAGAGGACAAUGCUACUGCUCUUCAUCAACCACAGGUUAGUCGAGUCAUCCGUGGUGAGGAAAGCUAUCGAGCACACAUACCAAAUGUUCCUACCUAAGGGCGGUCGGCCAUUUGUCUAUAUGGAUCUAGAAAUCGACCCUGGCCGCGUGGAUGUCAACGUUCAUCCUACCAAGCGAGAGGUUGCUUUCUUGAACGAGGACGAGAUUGUAGCGAUAGUCUGUUCUACGAUCAGAGACAAAUUGACACAAGUCGACACAACCAGAACCUUCAAAACGCAGACACUGCUACCUGGAGUGGUCCCUAUGACGCCGAGCACUCCGAGAGAGCUCGUCGACAAUACUGAGCUUAGUUCCGGGCCGCAGUCGACGCCGAGACCAUCUGCAAAUCGGAAGCCUUACGAAAACAACCUCAUCCGUACUGACUCCAAGGCAAGAAAGAUUACCUCGAUGCUGCCUCCUACCUUGAGUUCCAGAGGGUCCCUUGACGAUGCUCAUAAUCCCGGAGAAGGUCCGGUUUAUGUUACGACUGACAGGGUACAAACCCAGAUCCGGCUGACUUCGGUCAAGAAUCUUCGAGCGGAGGUCCGCGACGCGGUGCAUCAAGGCCUGACCGAGGUCUUCGCCUCGCUUACAUACGUUGGUCUUGUUGAUGCAAAUCAGCGAAUCGUGGCGCUCCAGUCCGGAGUGAAGCUGUAUCUUGUGGACUACGGCUUGGCAUGUUCAGAAUUCUUCUAUCAAGUUGGUCUCACCGAUUUCGGCAACUUCGGCUUGAUCCAGUUGCGACCUCCGCUGCCUCUGAAAGAUCUGCUUGAAGUUGCUGCAGAUCUAGAGGCCGACACGUCGCCAGAAUGCACCAGUCUUGAUAAAGCGAAGAUUGUCAACAAGGUAUACGAUCAGAUUAUGAGUCGCAAAGAGAUGCUUAGGGAGUAUUUCUCCAUCGAGAUCAGUGAAGCGGGAGAACUUGAGGCCAUACCGAUGCUUCUUAAGGGGUACAUCCCGUGUAUGGCGAAGUUGCCUACGUUCCUUCUCCGCCUUGGCCCCUUCGUGAACUGGAAAGAGGAGCAGGCUUGCUUCAUGUCCUUUCUCGAAGAGCUGGCGUCUUUUUAUGUUCCAGAACGUCUGCCAAGGAACGUAAUGGACGUGGGCGAAGGCAGUGUGCCCGGUGAGAGGCAGCAAAAGCUGGACCGACAACUGGAGAAUAUCAUCUUUCCCGCUAUACGCUCGCGCAUCGUAGCGACACAACGUAUGCUCAAGGGUGUCCGACAGGUCGCAAGCUUGAAAGAGCUGUAUCGGGUGUUUGAGCGUUGUUGA